UACUCGAGACGAAAUCCUCUGUCCUUUUGUUUUUCUUCAUCUUCCUCAUCCAUCACAAUGAUCUAAAGUCAAUAUUUCUUUACGUUACCUCUUCAAUUUUACAUCGCGAUUCUAAUUCCCGUCGCAUCUCAUCUACAACAACAAUAGCGCAUCCGAAUCUUGCCAUCUUCAUCCUCACAUCAUCCAUUAAGGCUCCUUCCAUCGGGUAUGUGAUUCACAAAAAACGGGCUCGGCGGCAUCUACCGUUGAGCACCACAAUCAGAGGCUAACGUCAAGCUUUCCUUCUCACACCCAAACCAUCCCGGCAGUUUGCUGCGUCCCUGUGUAGUCCAACCCCGCCACUCUUGGCGGUGGUACAGGAGUACAAUUCAUUUCAUUAUAUAGUCCAACCCUGACACUCUGUGGCAGUGGUACAGCAGUACACUUCCUCUCGCUGUAUAGUCCAACCCUGAAAAUCUGGCAGUGGUACAGGAGUAUACUUCACGAGAUGAAGCAACGCUGAUAUGAUCAUGGUGAUAGCGUCCCACUAUCUCAUGCUUCAUAGCACUACGUCUUUUCAUCGGUUAACGUAAAAUCUAACUUACGAUGUAAUAGCUAUCAUUCUUUUCCUCAUUUCGAGCUAAUAUUAAGUGAACAGGUCACACCUGUUGAUUCCAAUUGGACCGCUUAAACUGACAACAAUUCUACGCGAGAAGGUCUUUGUCAAAUGGGUAAGUCCCGACGGCACGGCUUCGACGCUUGGUUCUCGACUGUCACAAAAUGGACAAUGUCCCGAAUUGUUGAUGACAGCAAGUUACGAUACGGAGAAUUAUAUCCAUGUCGACUUCUCGCUCAUGCUGGCGGUUAAAAUGGGUGGCAAGUUCAAACGGAUCGAGAUAAUGUUUGUUGCUCCGCCAAAUUUAAACUUCCCAGAUGACGAUACGGUUCAACUAAAUGCAAAUUCUAACAACUAUUCCGCUCUUGACGUCGCCGCACUUCAUGAUGCAGGAAUAAGCGACGAACGUGACCACGUUAUCCACAUUCCAUUACGCCUUACCACGGAGGGCUUUGUCAUCAUGAAAAAGACAAACUCAGUUAUCCGGCUACAAACCGUCACAUCAAAGCAAUUGAUCCUCAACAUGAAAUCUUUAUCCAACGCGUCGGUCUUCGAUAUAUACAUCCGGCCGAGCGACCAUGCCAGGGAGGGGUUGAAAGAACUUCGCAUGCGACUCGGUAGCACUGGUUCCGCCACCCCUAGAUCUAGCAGAGCGGAAAUGUACGUCCAGCAUGGCUCUAUGCUUGUCGAAUGGGACAGGUUCAUGUUCAAAGAUAGUCAACUAUUUUCACAACAUCCGUCAACACAAACUCAGCUUUCACCGGAAAUGUCGCUGCCCCAUGCAUCACCGGUUGCACUUGACGAUGUCGAGCUCUCAGACACUGAUGUUGACUUUCACGACUUCGAUCACAACUUGAGUAGCGUCGAAAUGGAUGUUGGCAUUUGCUCAGAUGAGGGGGCGCUGCCUAAUGAACAGUCACCAGACUUAGAUCUACAGAUCAACCAAGAAACGCUUCAGGCUAAGCUAUCGAACUGGGUGAAUGGCGCACUAAAGUUACAUCCAGAUGUUUUCCAACACCGAAGUUUGAUUGACAAGUUGGCCAUUCUUGGUGAUUGUGUACGGAGAUCUAACUCCAGAACAUUUGAUCACACUAUAUCAUGGUGUUCUGCGCUAUUGUUUUACGAUCCAUCGGAUUCCGGCGACGAUCAGUUGUGGGAGGACAGAAAUCGGUGGGUUAUCACUAGAAUAGCCAGGAUGAUCAGUUGGAUCAACAAGUAUCACGUUGGAGCAGAGUUCAGCUCUGUAAUGUUUAGUCAUUUUGUGAAAUUGGGUCGUGUUGCUCGCACUUUUGCUCUUAGCACUGGUAGUGACGAUACAGAGUUUAGACUUCAGCGGAGUGUUUGUAUCAGUCGGAUUUUGACCGAGUUUGACGGGCUUCGUGGUAGCGGACGUAUUGAUUGGGAAUUUGUGGCCGUUUCUCGAAAACGAAAUGCCGUGGAGGAUUGUGGUAGUACGCCCAAGCGAGGUAGAAAUACCAUGUGAGCUACAGUAUAUAGAAUUAGCAUUUAUCUGAACUACUUUAUCGUAUGUGGCAUUUCUCUGGCUUUAUGGUUGGCAUUCCGGA